AUGUACCAACUGCAUCAAAAGCACAGCCAGAGGCAAUGGGGCGUGGUGGGGGGAGGUCAGUCCCCAGAGCGAGGGGCCAGCCAGGGGCAAUGGAGCGUGGUGGGGGGAGGUCAGUCCCCAGAGCGAGGGGCCAGCCAGGGGCAAUGGGGCGUGGUGGGGGGAGGUCAGUCCCCAGAGCGAGGGGCCAGCCAGAGGCAAUGGAGCGUGGUGGGGGGAGGUCAGUCCCCAGAGCGAGGGGCCAGCCAGAGGCAAUGGAGCGUGGUGGGGGGAGGUCAGUCCCCAGAGCGAGGGGCCAGCCAGGGGCAAUGGGGCGUGGUGGGGGGAGGUCAGUCCCCAGAGCGAGGGGCCAGCCAGGGGCAAUGGAGCGUGGUGGGGGGAGGUCAGUCCCCAGAGCGAGGGGCCAGCCAGGGGCAAUGGAGCGUGGUGGGGGGAGGUCAGUCCCCAGAGCGAGGGGCCAGCCAGGGGCAAUGGAGCGUGGUGGGGGGAGGUCAGUCCCCAGAGCGAGGGGCCAGCCAGGGGCAAUGGAGCGUGGUGGGGGGAGGUCAGUCCCCAGAGCGAGGGGCCAGCCAGGGGCAAUGGAGCGUGGUGGGGGGAGGUCAGUCCCCAGAGCGAGGGGCCAGCCAGGGGCAAUGGAGCGUGGUGGGGGGAGGUCAGUCCCCAGAGCGAGGGGCCAGCCAGGGGCAAUGGGGCGUGGUGGGGGGAGGUCAGUCCCCAGAGCGAGGGGCCAGCCAGGGGCAAUGGGGCGUGGUGUGGGGAGGUCAGUCCCCAGAGCGAGGGGCCAGCCAGGGGCAAUGGAGCGUGGUGGGGGGAGGUCAGUCCCCAGAGCGAGGGGCCAGCCAGAGGCAAUGGAGCGUGGUGGGGGGAGGUCAGUCCCCAGAGCGAGGGGCCAGCCAGGGGCAAUGGAGCGUGGUGGGGGGAGGUCAGUCCCCAGAGCGAGGGGCCAGCCAGAGGCAAUGGAGCGUGGUGUGGUCAGACAGAAGCUUGAGCCAGGGCUGCAGCCUGCAGCCAGAGGAGGGAAAGCUGAUUUCUAGCACAUUGCUUCAUACGCCGGAGAAGGACAUGCCACUCAGCUGUUACUGGAACUGGACAAUUUUAUUGAAAAAUGUAACUCGAUACAAAGCAGUGGAAGCAUGA